UAGUAAUGUCAACAUGUCGGAGUUGCCGUCUAAAGGAAAUGCAUUGAAUGAAACUAAGGAAAAGGACGAGUAUAGCGCAAAUAUUAUCUCCGUAAUAUCUCAGAUUGCGGACGACCAUCUUACGGUCGUCAGGAAUAUCAGCACUGGACUUGCAAUAGCCGGAAUAUUUAUGAUAGCAAGGAGUAUCAGACUGAUCACAAAGUUUGGCAGUGCGUCUGAAAUCCCGGCCAGGUUCAUUGAGAAGAACGUGAGUUUGAGAGGGAGAGUCCACAGAGUGACGAAGAGCGGGCUGGAAGUGGAACACGUCCCAAUUAACGUCCCCUUACUCUCCCCCCUUCUGAGGAACAGGCAGUCGGACGCCCUGUUGGAUGUGCGCCUGGCCGGGGUGGAGCUGACGGAGGAGGGAUGGGCGUGGCUGAGGCAGCAGCUGAAACCCACAGAGACAGUGUGGUUUCGACUCCUCAGACGAGAGGCCGAAGCCCUGGACUGCAUGGUGUCUGUGAGCAGGGGCCCUGUGUUCAACACGUGCGUGAAUGAGGAGCUCCUGCGUCUGGGCCUGGGGAAGACGGCGCCCCUCCUGGGCCUGCACCACCAGUCGCGCCUGUACUGGAGGCUCCACAAGCGGCUGCUGAAGGCCGAGCUGCGGGCGGAGAAGAAAGGGAAGGGGCUCUGGAGGGAGAAGGGUCUGUGGCAGAGACUGUCCGAGGCUGCACACAGCAACACAGCCGUCAGGCUUUUCAAGAGGCUUUUCAAACGGACUUAGAACCCAGAAUUUUCUACUAUUUUCUACUAUUGUCUAGGCAGUCAUAUGCCAUAUGUCUUUCAAAUUAUUCAUAUAAUUUAAUAUAUAUAUUAUGAAUAUAUUUCAUUUGUACAUAUAUAUGUGUCAUUGACUUAAAUUGUUUGCAGACAUUAAUUUGGUGUCAUAUAAAAUAUGUUUGUGUAAAAAUAUUUUUUUCUGAAAUGUCUGAUAACCCAGGAUCAUGACCUCAGUGUACAAGGAUAUGGUUUCAGCUGAGAGGAAUUUAAGAAGAAUAACUUUUCUGCUUAGUUUAUUAUCACAAACAUGAACAUUCUUGGUGGCAAUCUGCCAAUGCACCUGAAAGGAAAUGUUGAAUAUGUGAUAUAGUUAUUCCUC